AUGUGCCUCGGCCUCGGGAGUUUCGACGCCGCCAAUGAGGCUGCCCACGUGUACGAUGCGACGGCGUGGCGCCUCCGGUGGCCUCAGAGAACAUUAAACUUCCCCAACGUGCCGACGCGGGAGCAGAUGCAGGAGCUCGCACCUCUGCUGCGGCUUAUCACCGACAAGGAUCGUCACGACAACCGGAGGCGGGAGCACCGUCUCGGCAUCGCCAAGAUGGAUGAGGAAGCUAUGGCAUUGUGGCGCCAACGCUUCCCGCGGGACAUCAUCAACAAGUGUGAGUUCUACGUUCAAAGGAGGGCGGAGAGGGAUAAGAGGAGGGUGGAGUGA